CUCUGAUCCUCCCAGAUGGAGCCAGCAGAGGAACAAGAUGCAGGAAACCACACCCUGCCCACUGAAUUUGUCCUCUCUGGAUUGUCCAGCCGCCCAGAACUCCAGCACUUGCUGUUCUUCACAAUCUGCUUCGUUUACAGCAUGACUCUCAUCGGGAACCUUCUCAUCUGCAUGCUCACAGUGCACCCCACCCUCCACACGCCCAUGUACUUCUUCCUCCGCGUCCUGUCCUUCCUGGAUAUUUCCACGGCGUCCGUCGUCGUCCCCAAGAUGCUGGUGAGCCUCCUGUCUGAGGACAGGAGCAUCUCCUACCUGGGCUGCGUCACUCAGCUGUACUGUGUGGUUUUUCUGGCGGCCACCGAGUGGUUCCUGCUGGCAGCCAUGGCCCUGGACCGCUUCGUGGCCGUGUGCUGGCCGCUGCGCUACACUGCCGUCAUGAGCCCCAGGGCCUGCCUCGCCUUGGUGCUGCUCUCCUGCUGCAGUGGCAAAGUCGUGUCAGUGCUGCAGACAGCCUGGGUGUUCACCCUGUCCCUGUGUGGGCCCAGGAGGAUCAAUUACUUCUUCUGUGACAUCCCCCCGCUGCUCGUGCUGUCCUGCACGGACACCUCGCCCUACGAGAAGCAGCUCGUCUCGGCCACCGUGCUCGUCAUCUUCACGCCCUUCUGCCUCAUCCUGCUGUCCUAUGCCUGCAUCAUCUCCAGCAUCCUCAAGAUCUCCUCUGCAGAGAGCAGGCACAAGGCCUUCUCCACCUGCUCCUCACACCUCACUGUUGUGACGUUGUACUGUGCAAGUGGCACUUUGAUUUACUUACAGCCAAAAUCCAGUAAUUCACAAGAUGCUAAGAAAAUCCUUGCUCUCAUAUACACAACUGUAAUUCCCACAUUAAACCCCCUGAUUUACAGCCUGAGGAAUAAAGAAGUGAAAGGAGUACUUAUCAGAGUGGUGGCUGUGUUGAUGAAGAAAUAA